CUUUCACGAAGCAGCUAGCUCGCCCGCACCGGAAGUGGAGCAAAACGACGUAGCCUAGCCAUCGGUACCCUCUCAAGUGUUUCGCCCAAAAUAUCUUUAAACGCAUUAACACAAUAUUAUUUUCUGUUGAACGACAUUUGCCACAAAAUGUCGAGUAGAAAGAGGCCGAGGGAGAAAGAAGAGCGACGCGAGCACAAACGACACAAAUCGACGUCCAAGGAGGACGACGAGAAGCUGAAAAGUCAGAUGAAGAGACUCAACCAGCAAGUGCAAAACCUCAAACACAUCGAGACAUUCUAUGAAAAACCUCCACCAGGAUACAUUAAGGAACACAUGGAGAAACCCGAGGACUGCAUUCCAGCCGAACCCGGAAAUGAGGAUGCGCGCACCUUCCUGGCCAAUGCGCCCACCAAGGGCCUGUGGAUGCCGCUGGGCAAGGAGGUCAAGGUGAUGCAGUGCUGGAGGUGCAAACGGUACGGCCAUCGCACAGGGGAUCGUGAGUGUCCGUUUUUCAUCAAAGGCAACCAGAAACUGGAGCAGUUUCGCGUGGCCCACGAAGACCCCAUGUACGACCUGAUUCGGGAAAAUGAAAGGAAUGAGAAAGAAAGCAGGAUCCAGCAGCUGCAGCAGCUUCUCCAGGACACCACGUCAUCCUCCUCGUCCUCCGACUCUGACGGCGGGAAGAAGAAGAAGAAAAAGAAGGAGAAGAAGAAGAAAAAGAAGAAGAAGAAGCGGAAGAAGCAUAAGCACGCGUCGUCGUCCUCCGAAUCCGAUUGAUCCGCGGCCGCGCGGGGGAGAAGUUCAGAAACGGUACCUUCAGACGUCUUCCUUCUGCAGGUGACGACUCCCCUCUUCUGUUCGAUAGCAGAGUGGGCAAGGUUCCUUUUCGUUGUUGCUCAGAUGUCGUUUAUUUAUUUUAUUUUAUUUUUUUAAUAUGUCCACUCUCCCUUUGGUUUCUGUGAAAACGCCGUUGACUGCAGAGCGCGCAACGGAAACCGCGGACCGUCGCGCUCGCGAGUAAACCCUCAGGACGUGACUGCGGAGCAUACUUGAGAUGGUUUGAGGUUUGGGGGGGUUGUUUGCUCUGGAAAAAAAAACAAAAAAAUCCACUCGGCGGGUGAGAAAUGUACGCCAAUGUUUCUCGUGUCCUGAGAAUAAAGACAACUUGUUUUUCCACCGUGCUCGAACUCCCAACUCCAACAGAAAUGAUGAAGAACUGGCUGUGGCUUGCGCUUCCAUCAGUCUGGAAUGUUGAGAUCACCAUCCCCCCAUCCGUUGAUCAUCUCACUCUCACUUGGUUCAGGCAGAUGGUCGUGUAAGAAGUCUCGUUUUAUCUCAGAGCUUUCUUCCUCGAUCGCAAAUAGAAGAAAACGAAUGAUUUGAAUUGACUUCAAAUCCGCCGGUUACUCCGCAACAACCAAUUUCUGAUUUUGCGAUUUUUGUCCAUAUCGAAUGCGUUGCUUGCCGCCAUCUUUUUGUCUGCUCGACUUUCUGUAGCUGCCAGACUCACAAUUCUGUCAUGACAAGCUCUUAGCGUUGCCUCAGAUUGAGAUCCUUGCCCAGGAUUUGCCUCAGCUUUGAAGACUUAAGUUCAUCGCUAAGUGUAACACCCGUUCAAAAAAUAAAAAUAAAAAAAUCAAGAUAAAUGAGAUAAUCUUCAGUGGCCAGUCGCCAUUUUGUACGUUUGGAGUCCCGUCGGUAGCAAAUGUCAACGUUGCCGUCUUUCAAUCCAACGUCAAGUAACCGAAAGCCGAAGACCAGACAGACUCAUUAUUAUAUCUUCACUUUUAAUGUCAUCAAUAUCCUCACAACUUGAAGGUUUCCCUUUGUUUCGGUCUUCUUCCAUCAGACCGGUUUUAGAGACGGCAAUCUCCCAAGGGCUCUUCAUGCGUGGAACAACGGAUGUCACCUCGGCAGCGGCAAGUGUCCGAAUCCGAGUGAAAGGUUUCCAUGCACUGGAACUAAUAAAGCUGGCGUCUUGUUCCCUUUUUGCAGCUGUGUAGGCCCGUAGAGACUCGCUGCCUUUGACAUCCCGCUGCGCAGCUUUAAAUUCAAAUGCGGCUCCGGAUAGAAGGAUUACUGUUACGGGCGCUCGCUUCUAGUCAGAAAACAUAGCCGCCAUUUAGAAGCGCAAAUGCAUCUGAAGGGAGAAGCGUUUUGGCUUUGAUGAGUUUCAAAUGCUACCAAGCUGCCUGAAGCGCAACUUUAACCCCUUUUGAAGUCUUAAACCUUCCCGCUGGAAAACCUCAUCGACGUAAUCCAGUCUUUCUUUUAGAUGUCGAUUUACCAAACUACACAGAUGCAAUAAAACUAUUCGUUACCACCACCUGCUUGAUCUGGUGGGGCACUGCCCCUCUUAAGAAUCAUGUGUUGCUUCCUCGGGUUUGUUUUUGCCCUGCCAUUUGUUCUAUUUUUAUUCUAUUGCUUAAUAAACAAGAAGCAUGCCCGACAAUUAAAAAUCAAUAUUUUUUUGUGAAAGCGCCACCUGUUGGAUCUGCAGGGGCACUGCACCUCUUGCCCCUUCACAGAAUCUGUAAAAACAGUCAAUCUCUCGCUGAAUUAAUUAAAGAUGCGUCAUUUACCAAAAGGGAUCCAACUGAAUCAUUGACUGUAACAUGAGAAUUGCCGAGGAGAAGACAGCGAGCGUUCAAUGACGAUGAAUUAUUAAAAACGUGGCUCCCGGCCCACCCGCGGCGGUCAAAGGUUUUCUUUGGCGUUGCCACUCACUUCAUUUGCCGUAUCAUCACACUCGGCAGAGAUCUUCACUCAAUUCAAAAAUGUUUUUCAUGAAUGCACAUCGGAGAGGUUACCGAAAAUGUAAUAUGAAUGUAAGUUUUUUUUUGUUGUUGUUUUUUUAAUCAAAUGUAUGUAAAACUUCCCGAAGUAUGACUUGGACACCACCAACACCACAGUAAUAAACAUGGAUAGUAAUAAAAAAAAAAUUUCAUUUCAUGUC